CAAUGAUUGAUGUAAUUUAAAAGAGCAGAAUCCCCAGAUGAUGCAUGAAGAAGCUCUGAAUCUAACUCCCUCCGACCCCAAAUCCAGAAAUCGAAGCGAAGAAUAUAAUUUGCCAUUAGAGCAAAGCAAUCCCAGAAGGAUCUGAAAGCCCUACGUUUGUUUAGCGUUUCAUUUUUUCUGCUUGUUGAUCAAGCACGAAAUCUCCGAGAUUUGUGAGGAGUCCCUCCGUUACGUGCUGCUUCUUCCUGGAGACCGAUUAAGGGUUUGAUGAGAUACGGAUAGUUCUAGAGGAAGAUAGGUUUAGGGGAAAUUUUUGUUGGUUCGUGUUUCGCAUAUUCAUGAAGCAAAUCCGUCGAUGGCAGAGGAUUCUGUUCCUCUCCCUGCUAUCGAUAUCUGUGUUCGCUCCGCUUAUUUUCGUCUCGAAUCGGCUUAAGAACAUCACUCCCGUUGGUCGGAGAGAAUUCAUUGAAGAGUUAUCUAACUUUAGAUACAGGACACAUGACCUUAGACUUAGCGCUGUGGAACAGGAGAAUGGAGAAGGCUUGAAGGGGCCAAGGCUCAUUCUCUUCAAGGAUGGGGAGUUUAAUUCUGUAGUUCGGGAUAACCCAUCUGAUGAAAGUGAUGGUGUUUUCCAGUCUAAUGAGAAAGAGAACACAAUUGAUUUCUCAGGAAUUGAUGGUAAUAAUCACAAAAACAGGGAAGAUCAAGUGAUAGUUUCACAACGGUCGACAGCAAGCUCGGAUGCAAAGGAUCAAUCUCUAACAAUUAAUCAACAAGCUAAUAAGCGGGAUUUCAAGCCCCCUUUAUCCAAGGGUGAAAAGAACAUAAAGGUCCAGCCUGAUAGAGUAACAGAUGUGAAGAUAAAGGAGAUCAGAGACAAAAUUAUACAAGCUAAAGCCUACCUGAAUUUUGCCCCACCUGGAAGUAACUCUCAGAUUGUGAAGGAGUUGAGAGCUAGGAUGAGAGAGCUGGAACGGGCUGUUGGUGAUGCGACAAAGGAUAAGGAUUUGUCAAAGGGCGCUCUUCGUAGGUUGAAGCCCAUGGAAGCUGCAUUAUACAAGGCUAUUCGUGUCUUUAACAAUUGCCCUGCCAUUUCUACCAAACUCCGAGCCAUGAAUUAUAACUCAGAAGACCAAGUUCAAGCUCAGAAAAACCAAGCAGCAUAUCUAAUGCACCUUGCUGCAAGGACCACCCCAAAAGGGCUUCACUGUCUCUCGAUGCGGUUGACAUCGGAGUACUUUGCCCUGGAUCCUGAAAAAAGGCAGAUGCCUAACCAGCAGAAUUAUAAUGAUCCUAAUCUCAAUCAUUAUGUUGUCUUCUCUGACAAUGUUUUGGCCUCUGCAGUCGUUGUUAACUCGACGUUAUAUUCUUCAAAGGAACCGGAAAAUAUAGUACUCCAUGUUUUGACUGAUUCACUUAAUUACCCAGCAAUCUCAAUGUGGUUUUUGCUAAACAUUCAAAGUACAGCUACGAUCCAAAUCCAAAACAUUGAUGAUAUGGAUGUCCUGCCUUCAGAUUAUGAUCAAUUGCUGAUGAAGCAAAACUCCAGUGACCCAAGAUUCAUUUCUACCCUCAAUCACGCACGCUUCUAUCUCCCGGAUUUAUUCCCGGGUUUAAACAAGAUUGUACUCUUUGACCAUGAUGUAGUAGUUCAAAGAGAUCUAAGUAGACUGUGGAGCAUUGAUAUGAAAGGGAAGGUGGUUGGUGCUGUAGAGACUUGUCAAGAAGGUGGACCUUCAUUUCAUUCAAUGAGAAAAUUUAUUAAUUUCUCAGACGCAUGGGUCGCUAGGAAAUUCAGUUCUGAAGCUUGCACGUGGGCGUUCGGGAUGAAUCUAGUUGAUCUUGAAGAAUGGAGAAGACGGAAGUUGACUUCUACAUACAUAAAAUAUUUCAUCCUGGGAACAAAGAGAGCUUUGUGGAAAGCUGGGAGCUUACCAAUAGGUUGGUUGACUUUCUAUAGGCAAACAUUACCGUUGGACAAGAAAUGGCAUGUGAUGGGGUUAGGUCACGAAUCAGGAGUCAAAACGGUUGACAUUGAACAAGCUGCGGUUAUACACUACGAUGGGAUCAUGAAGCCGUGGUUGGAUAUUGGAAUAGAGAAAUACAAACGUUACUGGAAUAUACAUGUCCCGUACCAUCACUCUUACUUGCAACAGUGCAACAUUCACGCUUAAAAAAACAAAUUCCCACAACUUAGGUUUCAGUUGUCAGAAAAAGCUUCUCAGCAUGUUACCAAUAUUAUUGAUUAGCUUCAUUCUUUAACUCAUAUCAGUGUAAAUUUUUGGUUCUUCUUUUUCCUACUUUACAGAGCUCAAAUCUUAGACUUAGUUACAGCAACAGAUUGUUCUCUUCUCUUGAAGACCUAUACAGAAUGAUUACGUUAUUUCACACUUAUCUUUU